AUGUGCUCGAUGGCCAAGUUGGGGCAUAGACUGCUUAGCGGUAUCGCUUGGCUGCUGCUACUGCUCGGCACACAAAUAAUUUAUGUGGAUUAUGCUGGGGCGGAUUAUGAGAACACUUGGAAUUUAUAUUACGAGCCACCUUGUUGCACGGGCGCAGCAGCUGUUGGCCAUCACUUGCGGCAUCACAAAGAACAUGUCAGGGACUUUAGCUGCGGCCCGUUGCACUACAAAACCUUCUACAUGGACGAACGCAACAAUGCGCUCUACGUUGGUGCAAUGGAUCGCAUAUUUCGUCUCAAUCUGCGCAACAUCAGUCAAUCCAUCUGUGAGCGCGACGUUUUAAUACUGGAACCCACCGGCUCCGACAUCCUGAACUGUGUGUCCAAGGGCAAGCGAGAGAAGGUAGAGUGCCGGAAUCACAUUCGCGUCAUUCAACCGAUGAACUUCAAUGGACACCGACUCUACGUGUGUGGCACGAAUGCACACAAUCCCAAGGAUUAUGUCAUAAAUGCCAACUUAACACAUUUACCCAGAUCCCAGUACGUGCCCGGCAUUGGGUUGGGCAUUGGCAAGUGUCCCUACGAUCCCGCUGACAACUCAACCGCCGUCUAUGUGGAAAACGGAAAUCCCUUUGGUUUGCCUGCGCUGUACGCCGGAACCAAUGCCGAGUUCACCAAAGCUGAUUCUGUAAUAUUUCGCUCGGAUCUGUACAACUUUACCAACGGUCGUAAAGAGGCCAAUUUUAAGCGAACCGUCAAAUAUGACUCCAAGCUAUUAGACAAACCGAACUUUGUGGGUUCCUUCGACAUCGGUGACUUUGUGUACUUUUUCUUUCGGGAACACGCUGUGGAGUACAUCAACUGUGGCAAGGCUGUCUAUUCGCGUGUGGCACGCGUCUGCAAGAACGAUCGCGGUGGCAAAUACAUGAUCAGUCAGAACUGGGCGACCUAUUUAAAGGCGCGUAUGAACUGCAGCAUCUCGAGCGAGUUUCCUUUCUACUUCAACGAAAUUCAAUCCGUUUACAAGAUGCCCAACGAUGAUAGCAAGUUCUAUGCCACAUUUACAACCAACACCAAUGGACUGAUUGGCUCCGCGGUCUGCAGCUACGAUAUACGGGAUAUCAAUGCGGCCUUUGAAGGCAAGUUCAAGGAACAGGAAAAAUCGAAUAGUGCCUGGCUGCCCGUGCUGAACUCGAAAGUGCCGGAUCCACGUCCGGGCACAUGCCACAACGACACCGCAACAUUGCCGGACUCGGUGUUGAAUUUCAUACGCAAACAUCCGCUAAUGGACAAGGCGGUCGAUCAUGAAUUUGGCAAUCCGGUAUUCUACAAACGAGAUGUAAUCCUCACCCGCCUCGUCGUCGACAAAAUACGCAUCGACAAGCUGAACCAGGAGUUCCUUGUGUACUUUGUGGCCACCAGUCAUGGCCAAAUCUACAAGAUUGUGCAGUUCAUGCACUAUGGCCAACGGCACUCGAGUCUCGUGGACAUCUUUGAUGCCUCGCCCCGCAACGAACCGAUCCGUGAGUUGACACUCAGCCAGAAGACGGGCUCCCUCUAUCUGGCCACCGAUCAUCAGGUCAAGCAAAUCGAUCUGGCCAUGUGCGCCCGUCGAUACGACAGUUGCUUCCGCUGCGUGGCCGAUCCCUAUUGCGGCUGGGACAAGGAGGUCAACGCCUGUCGGCCCUAUCAGCUGGGCCUGCUGCAGGAUGUGGCGAACGAGACAUCGGGCAUCUGUGACACGAGCGUGUUGCGCAAACGUGUCACCUCCUCCUAUGGCCAGACCCUGCAUCUCUCCUGCUUCGUAAAGAUGCCCGAUGUGCUGCGCAAGAAGCAGACGCGCUGGUAUCAUCACUCCACGGAGAAGGGACGCUACGAGGUACGCUACACACCCACCAAAUACAUUGAGACCAAUGAGGGCGGCCUUGUCUUGUUGGCGGUGAAUGAGGGAGAUGGCGGACGAUAUGAUAGCUAUUUGGAUGGCACCCUCCUGUGCAGCUAUGGCGUUACUGUGGAUGCUCACAGAUGUUCGCCGCCAUCGCAGAAACAGGACUACCAAAAGAUCUACUCGCAUUGGUGCAACGAGUUUGAGAAAUACAAAUCAGCCAUGAAACAGUGGCAGGCUAAACAGGAGCAAUGCGGCCUGAAGGACAAAACGUCGACAACCAGCAGCAAUGGCAAACAUGUCAACGAUGUGUUCAGCAACGACGCCUUGGUCUGACCCAGAACCAGCAAGAAUAACGACAAGCAGGUGAUAACUGAUUAAGCAGCACCCAGAAAGCAGUGACAAGAGCCGAGCAACCAACUACAAAGACUGAAAUUUUUAAGCUUUUGAAAGACAAUAUUUCAAUAUGUUUUCAAUAUGUUUGCUUCAUUUACAUAAAAGUACUCGUACUCGUACUCGUACUCAUAUUCGUAUAUAAACAUUGUUUAGUGCUCUUCGUUUGGCAUUCGAAUGUAAUCUUAUUAUCUAAGAUAAAAACAAAAAUCAUCAACAUGCAAACAACAGCAACCAGCAACAACAAUACACACAGAAACACACAAAACACAACUAGCUAAACAAGUGUUAAGUAAACGUCAAAAGUUACUAACAAAAGGAUCCUGCCAUCAUGAAAAUGGAAAAUACGGUUUUACAUACAUAGAACAGAGUCUCUAUUUCUAUUUCUACUUCUAUUUCUAUUGCGAUCUCUCUUCAAAAAGAAUCACGAAAUUAUGCUAAGAAUAUCUUUACAAACAAAAAUGAUAGAAAAGAAAAUCCACCUACAUGACAUGAUACUCGUACAUAGAAGCUGAACAGGACUACAAGGAGCAGCAAACGAAAUAGAAUUACUCGACGAAUUUUCCCUGAGUUUGUGUAUAUUUUGUAAUGCAUUUGGGUAUCUACAUGUUUCUACUUCCGUUUCGUGUUUCUGUUUCUUUUUCUGUUCUUGUUUCUGUUUCUGUUUCGAUUGUUAAAGCACUUUGGCAAAUCAAAUGCAAAGAUUGUGUCGCUUGGCCAUGGGAAAGAUCAUAAACGAAUUUGUAUAUUAACUAGCAAUAUUUGUUUAAUAAUUGUAGCAUUAGUUAUAAAAUACUAUUAAAGCUAUGUAUAAAUAAGUAGUUUUUAAAAUAACAACAUUAAUACAGGCUCUGGCGUACAUUGUAUUUUAUGGAACCAAAUUUCAAGACAUUGCCAACAGAUUGAAUACGCACAGCCCAACUUCAGGCUAUUGUCUCUAGGUUAAGGCUAUGUAUUGUAUAUAAUGAUGCUUUAGUUAUAAUUCAUAAACAGCAUUUACAGCAAGUAAGGAUAUCAUUUGAAUUAAAUAUAACACAAGAAAAUCUAAUUGAAUAAAGCUAAAAAUAAUAAUAAUAGAAAUAGAUAUAGUCCUGGUCUUGGUCUUGGUCUUGGCAUAUAAAUUGAUAAUUUAGUGUACGCUGGAACUUUGGUUGGAUUGUUUUAUUUUUAGACUAUGAUUUUGGACAAGUUUAUUUUUGGCUGAAAAGGACACGCCGACGGCAUUUUGGCCGUUUUUGUACAGAUUGGUGCGUUAGCCUGAUGUUUACCAUAAGCAAUAUAUAUGCAUAAAUCCACACACACACACACACACACACACAUAUACACAUACACACAGUUACUGCAUUGAGACCAAAAUGCUCAUUUACAUAUACACACAUACAUAUAUACCUAAGUAGAGAGUAUAUUUAAAUAACCAUAGCUUAAGUAAGUUGGUGUGGCAAAUACAUUUUACUAAUGUCUUACGAAUGGAAAAUGAAUUGAACUCAGAAUUGAGAGCGCAUCUAGAGCUAUAGUUACAUCAUAGAUACAUACAUAAAUAUAUCAGAUACUGCCAGACAAUUCCCCUCUCUCCACCAUAAAUAGUUCAAUAUGCGAUAAAAAAAAAAAAAAAACAACGUAUCUUACUAUCAACAAUAUUGAAAUGCAAAUACAUGGAAAACUAAACGCUUCUCUGAUCGGAGGGCCAUGGAAAUUGGUCGUCUAGCAAACGAAGAAAAGAAAAGCCCAUAGGUACUUAUACGAUUAUAUGAUGGUACUGUAGGUAUAUCCGUAAUUUAAUAAAUAAUAUUUUUCUAAAGGUUUUCUCAGACAAAAAAAAAACAAAAGAAUUUUAAUGUUUCCAUCUAGAAGUUAUUCACACAAAACUUUUAGCUUAGUCCUCGAAUAAAUAUUAAUUAUAAUGAUGAUAUGUAUAUCCAUUGUAAAUGAAAUAAAUGAAAAUACUCUUAUUGUAUUUUGUCAGCUACUAAUGCUCUGAGCUUCUAACUUGAUACACAGCAAGUUUCUUUUGCUUUUGUAGACAUUUGAUUUGAGAAUUAAUGUAAAUAAUUUAAUGAUUAUGUGAAAUGUUUUGUAUGACAAUCACAUGAUGUUGAGCAAAUAAAAAUGUAUGUAUGCAGACCCGUAAUUGAAGCAAAUUGCAAUAUCAUUAUUUAAUGAAUUCAGAAUGCAAAUAAAACAAAUAAAAUAAAUGAGAAAACAAAAACAAAAACAAAAGUAAUGAAUUACAAACUUAACAUAAACACUAUAUAUAUAAUUAUACAUAUACAUACUUUAUAUAGUUAAAAUAGCAUAAUAACAAAGAACAAAAAGGUCCUUGUAAAAAAGAAAAAUUAAUCGCAGCGUUUUACAAAGUAUUCAAACAAUAAACAUAAUUCGCGCUUGAAAUACAUUUGCAUAUGUGUAUGUCUGUAUACAGUUUUCUGUCUAUGAUAAACUAUAAUAAAUAUUUAAAGAAUUAUUUAAACAAAAGUACUAAAGAGAAAAAUACUAAAAACAAACGAAAUAUAUUAUAAAACACAGCUGCCCAGAGGAACGUAUCAUGAGCUAUCUUAAUAUUUCAUUAAAACAAAUAAUAAUUAUAUAAAUAAAAAAAAAUGAUAAUGAAAACUUACAAUUAAACAAAGAACUUAGCUGUAAAAAUAAAAGAAAAUGCAGUAAAUAAAUGUGAUAAGAUUCUUUAAUAGAAA